UUGAGGGUUUCUCUCAGAGCUCCCGAGGAACAGCCACUGUCAUUUCUUAUCUCAACAGCUGGGUGGAGUAAAAGUCGGUGAUAACACGUUCUUCAAAGGGAAUUUCUCAGAAAGCUCAAUAUACUCAAGAGCCGGUUAGACAUCUCAAUUAAAGGCUGAUCAGUCUAAAGGGGUUCGAGGCACAGAGGAGGUCCGACAGCUGAAUGGUUUUUGGCAGUGUCACGUGGAACGAAAGUGAUACUUGGGUUUUUUUCCCCUCCUAUUUUCGUUUUUUUUUCUAUUUUCUUUUUUCUUUUUUAAAGGACAUCUUAAGUAGGUUAGUGUCGCGGUGGCUGUGCUUCAGUUCAGUUCAGUUCAUUUCUGGAGCAGAUAAUGGGGGACAGGUGCGCUCCGGAUACAACGGAGAAUGGUCCACACAUGGGAGUAAUAGGUCCAGCUGCCGCGGACCCCAUUGAACACAGCGGGAUCAUAAACAGGGAGAACGACUUGGGGGUCACUACGCGUCUAUACACGAGGCGAUGGAUGAUAGUGUUCCUCUUCAGCUCUUACUCUCUGAUUAACGCUUACCAAUGGAUCCAAUACGCGAUCAUCAGCAACAUAAUUAUGAAGUUCUACAAGGUGGAAGCCUUCGCCGUGGACUGGCUGUCUAUGGUCUACAUGCUCACAUACAUCCCCUUCAUUUUCCCAGUCACCUGGCUCCUGGAUAUUAAGGGACUGCGGGUCACAGCGCUGAUUGCGAAUGCGCUCAACUGCGCCGGGACGUGGAUAAAGGUGGCCAGUGUCAAACCGAGCCUAUUCUGGGUCACCAUGCUUGGACAGUUUAUGAGUUCCUUUGCCCAGGUUUUCAUCCUCGGGAUGCCCUCCCGCCUGGCGUCGGUGUGGUUCGGAGCGAAUGAGGUUUCCACCGCCUGCUCCAUUGGAGUUUUUGGCAACCAGUUGGGUAUUGCCAUUGGGUUCCUGGUUCCACCCAUCCUCGUGCCGAACGUGGAUGACAUGGACGAGCUGGCACAUCAUAUCAGUAUCAUGUUCUACAUUAGCGCAGGCAUGGCCACCGCCAUCUUUGUUCUCGUGGUCAUCGUGUUUCAGGAGAAACCUGAGAUCCCACCCAGCCAGGCCCAGGCACAGGCCAGGAACAUGCAGCCUGAUGAGUACUCCUACACAGCCUCCAUCCUGAGUCUGCUGCGCAACAAGCCCUUCAUGCUCCUGGUGGUCAGCUAUGGCUUGAACGUUGGCUGCUUCUAUGCUAUUUCCACACUGUUGAACCGGAUGAUCAUUGAACACUAUCCUGGUGAAGAGGUGAAUGCUGGGAGAAUCGGUCUGACCAUUGUCAUUGCUGGCAUGGCGGGCUCCCUCAUAUGUGGCAUAUGGCUGGACAAGACCAAAACCUACAAACAGACCACCUUGGCCGUGUAUAUCCUUUCUCUAAUUGGGAUGCUGGCCUACACCUUCACCCUCAACUUGGGUCACCUGUGGGUGGUGUUCGUUACAGCUGGAGUUUUAGGUUUCUUUAUGACAGGAUACCUGCCUCUGGGUUUCGAGUAUGCAGUAGAGCUCACCUACCCAGAAUCGGAGGGGACCUCGUCCGGACUGCUUAACUGUUCAGCUCAGAUCUUUGGAAUCAUUUUCACCAUAGCUCAGGGAAAGAUCAUGGAUCACUGGGGAACUUUAGCCGGAAACAUAUUCUUGUGCAUCUUUCUGCUAAUAGGAACAGUGGUGACAGGAUUUAUCAAAUCUGACCUCCGACGGCAGAAGGCCAACCAACAGGUUGAGGUGCAGACAGUGAGUCCUGCAGGCUCCCUGUCAUCGGUGCAGGACUACGGGGCCACGUCGUGCGGCAGCCCCUGGCAACGGCAGUCUUGACAUUAACCCACAAGCUCACAAACACCAAAACACACACCUGCCAAGACAAUUACUGCUGAUCUGGAAAGAGAAAUCUCUCCACCUGGAAUCUUGAAAGAGGAGAGGUUGUGAGGAAGACAGAUAUUUCUCUGUCCAAGAUAUCAGAAUAUCACCGUGUACAGAUUAAAAACAAAUAAGACACAUUAAAAAACAAGAACAAAAACUGACACAUCGAGACGCAUAAUCAUGCACAAACGACUGAGGAGCUGAAAGCUGUGAACUGUAAGAACAUGGAGGCUGAAUCACAGAGAACAGUGUUGCUUUACGGAGUUCUGUUUGGACUCUGUGAUGCAGAAAUCCACAUUGGUAUUACACCCCAAACCACCAUGGGGGAAUGCACUUUCAAGGUUUUUACAUCAUGGGAUGAUGGCAUUUUACAUGUCUUGUUAGGUGCAAUGUAUCUGCCACUUUAGUGACUCCAACCUUCAAUCUAACUGAAUGCCUUUCCUAGUUUUCUUCUGUGUUAAUGUAGUGUUUUAUGCAUUUGACUGGCAAUAUUGAAAGUUUUCUAAUAUAUGACCAAUAUUGUGUGUAAUUUAACUCUCUCUUUACAUUGAUGAAGGUGUCUCAUGUUAGUGUUCUGUGUUUAGAAUAUGUGUAUUCAAUGCAGAUUAAGGACUGCGACGUGUUUACCUGUCAGGCAGCCAAGUCACCUUUCGCCUAAUUGAGGCUUUCGUAUCUGUCGUCUGCCGUUCAGGAUGACAGUAUUACUUGUGAAUACUGCUGAUGCAAUGCAUCUGAGUUUACUUUGAGGGGGAGGGGGGGUGGUCAAUAUUGGUCCCAUUUCACUGUGAUUGACCUCUUUAAAAAGACACAAGAGGCAAGAAUGUCUGGAACGUAAAGGAUGUCAGCACAGCAGAAAAUACGAACAACACAAUGGGAAAUUGCGACUAAUCAGAUCUACUGCCCUUGUCAUUUUGCACAGUUUUUAUGUGUACUUUUUCCUUUUGGUACUGUAGAAUUAUACAAACAGGCGACAAAUCGAAGGGAAAUCCAUCAGAAAUAUGUCUUGGGUGUUGGGCCAAUACAUGCCAGAGUCGGAGUAAUGCAGCACAGUUCUUGUGGAAAAUAUUACCUAAUUUUGUGUGAAUAAUUGUAUUGGCAAGCAAAUAUAAGAUGGCCAAAAUCUCCUCUUUAUGGUCAAUGUGGUUAAAUUCUGGUGACUUUAAAGGCUUAACACAUCUUAUUUUUUAUAGUCAGUAAGUGUCCCAAGUGUCCAACAGAUGUGGCACCACUUUGCACAGUUGUGCACCGAUCCUGAGUGGACCUAAACAGUGCCAAUCAAAUGCCCUCCACCUGUUAGAGCCCAGGGUCAAGGGCUCAAGUGGUUUAGUGUUUUCCUUCGUUUUGUUGCCUGUGUGUAUUUUAUGCUGUGUAACCAGUAUUUGUACAAAUUUUUACUUCAGGUAUUUUUAGGAAGUUGUCUCGAAAUGUUGAUAUUUAAUUAGGACUUUUAUGUGUCUGUGAGAGGUUCUAGUUAUUCUUAGUCUUAGGCACUUUAAAGUGCUGUGAAGUUUCCACACCCUUAGAGUUUUUGCUAUUUUGGUAUGAUGUGUAGUUGAUCCAGUCAGUAAGGAAAAAAUGAAACUGCAAUACACACUAUGGGAUUUUGAACACUGUACCAAAAACAGAAACUAAAUUAAGAACAAAUCUAUAUAUUUAUAGAUAAAUAAGCCCUAGCUAAAUGUGUCUAUGUAUUUUUGUAUUUCACCACAAUGUGGCCACGUUUAAAUCAGGAGAUUUAUGCUUUCUUUAACCCAAAUAUGAGAACAGAACAAAAUGGGGAUUUCAGUCUUUAGCACAAAUCGUGCAAAAACACAAUUACACAUUGAAGGACACUUCAAACAAAGAAUUACAAGACUACAAAAUACAAUUGCCACAAUUAUUACAGCAAUAAUAUACAUAAAAAAUCAAGAUAUUUUUUAAAAAUUAAGUUUUAUACAAAGUUAUUUGUGCAUAAAUUUCCAGGGUGUACAAAUUUUUCACAGCACACAACAAACAUCAAACCAACCUCUGCUGUAUGAUUUUUCUAAUGAGGCGCGUGGUUUUCUACUGCGUAGCCUUCCGAGAUCUUUGGUACAUCUGGGCUUUCUUUGAUUGAAAGACUAGAAAGCUGUACUUUCUCUGCUCUGGUGCAAUAAAACAAUCAUGGUGACGAGAAAA